UAAAUAUGGGGACCUAUAUCAAGUUGAAUUCAAUUCAAAAAUUUGCUUACAAGACUAGAAAAGCGAAGAAAAUGGUAUCAUUCGCCCGUUUGGUUUUGCUCAUCGCAAUAAUUGCUGUAGUACUUUUCGUUGCACCAACACACGGAGGUAAAAAGAAGCAUGGAAAGGAUAUAGAAAUAGAAGAGGCCGAUGCAAGUGAAUUAGAGGCUGCAAGGGUCAGACUUAAUAUCCACAUCCAAAAUGCAGAAGAAAGCAAACUUUCAAAAGCGGAAAAGGCUGAGAAAGAGAAGGAUAUACUUAAGGCAAAACUUGCCGAGGAUAUUAAGAAAAAUGCAAAGAAAAAUGCAAAUAAAAAGGGCAAAAAAUCGAGAGGUUCAUCUGAUGAUGAUUAAAAAUUGGAUCCAACAAUCGAUUAACUAAUAUUCAGACAGAUUUUUGAUGAAUUUUGUAAUAAGAUACAAAUUUAAUGAAUCCAAAAUAAAACAAAAUUAUAAGCAACUCUUAA